AUGAGCUUGCCAACAACUACUAAAAUUGAUGCGGCGGUUUUGCGUAAGGUAUCCGACGGUGCAAACGAGAUUGUUCGUGGUCUGGAUGCUGUUAACCAAACGGGACGCGACUGUUGGAUCAUCUAUCUGGCACUAGAGAAACUUGACGCUGACACGAGGCGCAGGUGGAUUGAACGCAGUAUGGACAAAGACUCACCCACUCUCGACGACUUCUUCAAGUUCUUGGAUGAUCGUUGCGAGGAAUUGGAACUGAGCAAAGGGGAGCUUGUGACCGUCGGCAAAGCAGCUACGCAAGGGGACAAACCAAAAAGAAAGGCAUUGAAUGACACUCUCUUUAUACGACCCAGCAUCCAACGCGAUCUGUUUGUUGUGUGCCUCCGCUUCAGAAUGUACAAAUUCGUAUUCUCAGCUGACAUUGUGAAAAUGUUCCGCCAAAUCUGGGUCAGCAGCAAGCAUCGAGACUUUCAGAGGAUCAUUUGGAGAGAAGAUCCAUCGGAACAAAUCAAGCAUUUCCAACUUUGUACUGUCACAUACGGAACCUCAUGUGCACCAUUCCUAGCAGUUCGUGUAUUGGAACAACUGGCUUCGGAUCAUCGGCACGAAUUCCCGAAUGCUGCGAAAAUCUUAUUGGAGGAUUUCUACGUUGACGACGUUCUUACUGGAGCAAACAAGCUCGGAAAAUGGGUAUCAAAUACCAACUCCAUAACAGAGGACCCCGAUUCCUCUACCCAACUUACUCAAUCGUCACCAGUAAAGGUUCUGGGACUCUACUGGCACCCUGGAAAGGACACUUUAACGUACAAUGUGGGUCUAUCUGCAAAUCCCAGCUGCACAAAACGACAAGUCUUGUCCGACGUAUCACGGAUAUUCGACCCGCUUGGACUCAUGGCACCCGUCGUGGUUCAAUUCAAGAUCCUCUUUCAACGCCUAUGGCUACUCAAUCUGGACUGGGAUGAUCCACUCCUAAACAAACUGGCAGACGAUUGGCUGAAGUGGCGAGCAGAUCUCGACACUUUGCAGCAGUUUCAGCUACCACGCUUGGUUGUCAACGACGCAGACAACAUCGAGUUGCACGGAUUCUCCGAUGCUUCAAUCAAGGCAUACGCUGCUGUAGUGUACAGCAGAGUAAUACACGACGAUGGCUCUAUUUCCGUAUCGAUAGUAGCUGCAAAGACAAGGGUGGCCCACUCAAGCAACAAUCUUUGCCACGCCUGGAACUUUGCGGAGCACUUCUACUGA